AUGACGUUGAUCUAUCUUCGUCGACAACGAUGGUUAUUUUUCGUUUUAAUAUUCGCAAGUUUUUUAUUAAUAUACAAGUAUAAUAGUAUAAGAAAAUCAUUUCUUACUGAUGAACAUCGUAUUUAUACUUCGCUACUUGUUGAAUUACCACAACUUGAACGUUUAAUACGUGUAAAACAAGCAAAUUUAUCGUCGAUACAAAAUCGUUUAACGAAAAUUGAAAAACAUUUAUUCAAAUAUACAUGGCAUUUACAGCGUUUAAUUAAAACAAUUGAUUAUAACAAACAACAACAGAAAAAAAUCUCUCGAUUUAAUUCAUUUGAUUUGGAUUUUGAAAGAAAUUUUCGUAAUAAUCAAACGAAAUUUCUCAUCUAUUUUCAUUGGAUUAAUAUUUCAAAUGGUGUUGAUUAUGAUAUUUUGAACAAGUUUCAUUUCAACAUUUCAAUAAUUAACAGUCCUUAUGUAACAUUAAACAAAGGUGAAGCAUAUUUACAUGUUAUUUAUCUACCAAUACGAUCCUAUCAACGAAAUAUUUGUUAUAGAGAUUUGAUUGAUAAAAAAUAUUUUGUUUUAUAUGAAUUUUUGAAUUAUACUGAUGAAGAUAUUGAUGAAAGAUGUUUUCAGGGAAAUUUUUUUCCUAUCAAAUUUUAUAAUCAAUUUAUUACAAAUCAAACAUACGUUAAUAAUGAUCGUUGGCGUUUGAAUGAACAACCAAAAACACAUAUUGGUAUUAUUUAUUUAAAUUGUAAUUCUACUAAUGUUACGUAUGAGUAUGAACGAUUAAAAAAUGAAUAUGAAACAACAUUGGAAUGUUUUCAUCGAUCUUGUUAUGAAAGAAUUUUCCAGAAAAAUAUCUCUAUUACAUCUAUUAUCUGUUCUUCAUCGUAUUCUAUUGCAAUUCAAUAUGAAUUCUACGAAAUCUUCUUUAAACUUCUUGCACACCAAAUUCAUGUAAUUGUUUUUAAUUGUGAAAAUUAUCUUCCAUAUUCAAAAGUUAUUGAUUGGUCACACCCAUCAUCAUCUCUAUCAUGGUUAUUUACGAUUUAUUUUCAAACAUUUGAACGGCGUUUUCAUACAUUGGUUGCGUAUUUACGUACAAAUCAUCGUUUACCAACAUUAUCGAAUGAUUUGAACUUCAUUGAAGAAAGAGAUCGUUUAAUAAAAGAAAAAGAUUUCUAUUAUUUAAUUCAUCAACGAAAUUUCAACUUUACUCGAAUGCCAAUCGGUCUAAUGGAUCAUAUUAAUUUUCAAUCAGAUACAAAACCAUUAGUCUAUGUAGAACCAACAUUCUAUGAUCAAUGGAAUCGUUUAUAUCAACCAUUUUAUCGCUCAAAAACGCAAACGAAUCCAUUUGAAAUGCAAUCUUCAAAUGAAAAAUACACAAUUCUUAUUUUAACACAUAAAAAACGUUUUUAUCAAUUAAAUCGUAUAUUGCUACAAUUAAACGGAUUGAUAAAUCUUGAUCGUAUUUUAGUUCUAUUCAAUCAAAUUGAUCCUAUAGAGAAUUCCAAAAACGAAAAUCUUUCAUUAAAAGAUUUUCUCGGUGACUUUUAUUCAUAUUUACCAUCUGUACAUGUUGAAAUCGUUUAUAUAUUUAAUUUAUCGAAUAAUUUAAAUAAUCGUUUUUUACCAUGGAAUCAAUUUGUUCAUACUGAUUGUAUAUUAUCUCUAGAUAAUGAUAGUUUUUUACGGCAGGAUGAAGUUGAAUAUGGAUUUCGUGUAUGGAAAGAAAAUCCUUCGCAUCAUGUUGGCUUUAUUUCACGUUCACAUAAGUCAAACACAUCAGAAUAUGAUGCAUCAUCAUCAUCGUGCUCAUAUUCAAUGAUACUUACUGGAGCUGCUUUUCUACAUCGUUGGUAUUUAGAUUUCUAUCCGAAUAUAAUGUCUGAACAAAUACGUCAAUACGUUCAAUUAAAUAUGAAUUGUGAAGAUAUAGCGAUGAAUUUCUUAAUAAGUUAUUUAACAAAACAAAGUCCGAUUAAAAUAGGCCAUCGAGAAACGUUUUAUUGUUACAAUUGUCAAGAAAGUUUAUCGAGUAUUCUUGAAAAAGAGCAAGAACAAAGUGUUGUGUACGGAUCAACAGAUUUUGGUAAAAAUUGUACAACAAAUGACAAAUAUAAAGAUCUAUUGGGAAAAGUUUCAACUAUGCUCAAAAUUAAACCACAUUCAGUUAAAACAGAAAAAGAAAAUAGUAUAGAAUUAUUGACAGCUGUCGAAUGUAAAGGCAUAGUUGGAAAUGACGGAAGACAUUAUUUAUUAGAUUUAUUACGUAUGGCACCACCUGAUCUUAACUAUUUAUCAAUUGAUGCUGAACAUAUAUCAUCAGCGAUGAAACAACUUGAUUAUCCAAAAACAUAUAAGCAUCGUUUAUGUUGUUUAAGACAAGAAUUAAUUGAUGCUUUUGUUGAACAAAAAUAUGUAGAUUUUUAUCGUUCAAUAGCACUCAACUUAUCAAAACUACGAUCUGGUGAAGCUGCAUCAAGCGAAACUACUGAACAAGCCAACGUGGAAGAAGCUAAACGUAUAGUCAAUGAAAUCAGUGUUGAAGAUAAUAGCCGAGAAAUAAUUCAAUCAGCAUGUCGUUCGAUUGGAUCAGUAAAAGAUAACGAGUUUGACAUUCGUUUUAAUCCUGAUUUAUUUCAACCAUAUGUAACACUUGAUCAAACGCCUGAUGAAACAGCAGCUGAUAUAAAAUUAUUGAAAGAAGCAGCUGAAUACUUAGUAUUAAAACAAAUUCCAUUAAUGAUACAAGACUUUCAAGAUCACUCUGGUGUACCAGUCGAUGGUGAAAGUCUUUCGGAAGCUAUGCAUUCAAGAGGAAUCAAUAUUCGUUAUCUUGGUCGAGUAGCUCAAGUUGUUACUCAACAACCUUCUCUUGGUUACAUAUACGAAAUAGUUGCUACUGAAAUUCUUUGUCGAAGUGCAAAACAUGUAUUCCGUACAUACUUACAAUCAGUGCCGACUCAUCUUUUGUCAUUUUCAAUAAGUCAUUUUCUUAAUUGUUUCCUAACAAUUAUAUCAUCACCUACGACAGAUAAUUCAUUCGAUGAAUUAUCAGCAUUAUCUUCUCAGUCAACGAAUAAUGCACCAAAUGUAUUGUUGUCAAAUUCAACAAAUAUUUCAUCUCAAAAAACAAAUUCUAAAAAUAAAAAUAAAAAUAAAAAGCAGCAACAACGUAAAUAUAUUCCAACUAUAAGAAAUGAAUCAUUAGAAUUUUCAUCAUUAACGUCAGAAGUACUUUGGUCACAAUUAACGAAUGAAGCAAAAUCAAGAUAUAGUUUUGAUUUAAAUUGUGAUGAUAUUGAAUCUUUCAUUCACGAAUAUUCUGUUCGUCGCACAUGUAUUCUACGUUCAUUUUGCCGAAAAUCUGGCUUACAAAUAACUAUGCGUGAAUAUCAAUUUGAAUUCCUGAAUAAAACAUCACGUUUCAAUAAUGAAUGCUUUAAUGAGCUUGAUAUCAUCAAUAUUUAUCCAAUAAUAAAACAUGUUCCACCAAAACCAAGUGAUGCUUAUCAAUUUUUUACAAGUGGACAACAAAAAAUUCAACAAGGCUUACUUCGUGAAGGCUUUGAUUUAAUAUCUGAAGCACAUAACUUAUUAAAUAAUGUUUAUGGACCAAUGCAUCCGGAAAUCAGUAUGUGUUUAAGAUUGCUUGCACGAUUGAAUUAUAUUAUGGGAGACUAUCAAGAAGCACUCAUGACACAACAUAAAGCUGUUAUGAUGUCUGAACGAGUUUUAGGUAUUGAUCAUCCACAAACAGCAACAGAAUAUAUUCACAUGGCAUUAUAUUCAUUUGCGAAUGGGCUUUCAAUAAAUGCAUCGAAAUUACUAUGUCGUGCUCGAUAUAUUAUACUCAUAUGUUGUGGUGAAAAUCAUCCACAAAUUAGUCUUAUCGAUAGUAAUCUUGGAUUAAUUUUACAAUCAUAUGGUGAUUAUGAAAAUGCUUUAAAAUUUAUGGAAAAAUCUCUUCAACUAAACAAAAUUUUCUAUGGAACAAAGAGUCUUAAAGUAGCUCUAUCACAUCAUCUUUGUGCACGUAUUCAAUCAUGUCGUGGAGAUUUUCGAUCAGCAUUGAACAGUGAACGUGAAGCUUAUCAAAUCUAUAAGUUACAACUUGGUGAUGAACACGAAAGAACACGCGAAAGUGCUCAAGUGCUUAAACAUUUAACUGAACAAGCUGUUGUUCUACAAAGAAGAAUAAAUGAUGUUGUCAAAGGUCAAUUACUUGUCAUACCAAGUUUAACCAUUCAACAACCAAGUUUUCAAAAUGUCUUAGAAAUGCUUAAUGUUGUUAAUGGUAUUCUAUUUAUUCAAAUACGAGAAAAAGAUCUUGAAAUCCUUCGUGAUGAAUUCGCAAAACAAUCAAUUGGCAAUCAACAAACAUCAGUGUCUUCUAUGACGAUAUCUGAAGCAGUUGAUCAAGCAGCAGCAUUAUUGAAUAAUGAAAUUGAUUGA